AAUAAGAGAGAAAAGCUUUAGCAAGUAAGACGUCGAGAAUUAUUAUAUAAAUUUUUUGAAAUCCAUUUCUGCCAUAGAAUUUGAUAGAAGAAGAAAAGAAAAAGACUCUCUGGGAUCAUCUUUCAUUAUUCAUUACUCAGAGAGAAAUAGAGAUGGGUUCUUCCAAGAAGAAAAUUCAGUUAUGGAAGAAAGCCCUCUUGCAUUUCUCUCUCUGCUUUUGCAUGGGAUUCUUCACGGGCUUCGCUCCUAGGAAUACCGCUUCCAUUCUUUCCAAUCCCUCAGGCAUGUCCAACCAAACAUGGCUGGAUAACAAUCUUACAUUUUCACCGCAACCAUCCGAAUCUGUACACUACGACAGCAACUCGAACAGGGGUUUGGCCGAAAUUCCGUCGCAAUCCCCAACCUAUUCAAAAGAAGAAAAAAAAGAAGAAGAAGAAAAAGAAUCCAAGGAAACUCCAAAGCUCCUAAUCAUAGUAACGCCCAUCUCAACAAGAUCCAAUCCUUGGUUUCAGGUGCCAUUUCUGAGGAGACUGGGGAAUACGCUCAAGUUGGUCCCUCCUCCACUUCUAUGGAUCGUCGUGCAAUCUCAUUACAACUCUUCAGAGUCGACAGAAGUUCUGAGGAAAACUGGAAUUAUGUACAGACAUUUGAUUUAUAGGGAUAACUUCACAAACCAAGAAGCAGAGAUGGAUCAUCAGAGGAACUUGGCCUUUAAUCAUAUCGAGCAUCAUCGUCUCCAUGGGAUCGUUCAUUUUGCUCCAAUUUCCAACAUAUACCCUCUUCACUUCUUCCAAGCCAUAAGAGAAAUCGAGGUUAUUGGGACAUGGCCAAUGGCAAUGUUGGCAGCAAACAGGAAGAGGGUGGUGAUGGAAGGACCCAUUUGCUCUUCUUCACAAGUGAUGGGUUGGCAUUUGAGGAAUGAAAGAAACAAAACAAACCCAACAUUUGCUAUCCAUAUUUCAAGUUUCGCAUUCAACACUUCUAUACUUUGGGACCCUGAGCGAUGGGGUCGCUCUUCCUCAACUCCGGACCAUUCUCAGAAGGCGAUGGAAUUCGUCCAGCAAGUUGUUGUGGAAGACGAGACCAAGUUGAAGGGAAUCACUGAUGAUUGCUCCAACAUCAUGCUCUGGCAUCUCCGCAUAGGUCACUCAUCUUCUCCCCCCAAAUCACCGCCGAAAGUAGCAGAUGGGCCACUCCAAAAAUGAUCAUGCUGGGACUUGAGAAGACAAAUUUCAAUUCUAUCUGUUUACGGGUUUCACAUUCACAUCAUUUAUUUAUGCUGCUUAUUAUUUCUAUGAACAUUUCUUCUAUACGAGUUAUUGAGAGAUGUUAAAAAAGAAAGAAAGAAAGAGAGAAAAAAAAAAUCCUCCUCCAAUACCCUGGCUUGCAUUCGGCAGAUGUCUAUUUCUUCUCAACUGUGUAUUUGGUAGCCACCAACUGGGUGGUUAGGAUUGUCUAAACAAUUAUGAAGCUGGGGUAUCAUUUAUCCAA